UGAGCAAAGUUCUUUCAGAGAUGGGAAUUGAAAUUCCUUCUAACAAGGGAAUCUGCCACCAGUUCCCAGCAGACCCUCACAAUACGUUUGGGCCUGCCACGUUGGACUGACAUUUCCCCCCACCAUCGGAGCCAACUCACCACCAGGUAGUGAUCAGUUGACAGCUCCGCCCCUCUCUUCACCCGAGUGUCCAAAACAUGCGGUCGCAAGUCCGAUGACACGACCACAAAGUCGAUCAUCGAACUGCGACCUAGAGUGUUCUGGUGCCAGGUGGACAUGUGAACACCCUUAUGCCUGAAAAUUGUGUUUGUUAUGGACAAUCCAUGAUGAGCACAGAGGUCUAGUAACAGAAUACCACUUGAGGUCUGAUCGGCAGGGCCGUUUUUCCAAUCACGUCCUUCCAGGCCUCACUCAUUGUCCACGUAGGCCAGACAUGUCCAAAGUCCGGCCCCCGGGCCAAUUGCGGCCCGUGGACCAAUUUUUACCGGCCCGCGGCCUCUAUCAUGAAAUCAAUAAUAUGCGGCCCGCCAGCACUGUUGACCACAGUAUAAAAUACAUGUGUACAAAAAGCUAUUUUUCAUAUUUUUCAUUUCACCAGAAGAUGGCAGUAGCCCUGUGGCUGCACUCUGGCCGCCGUGACCCUUGACCUUGCGUGAUCGUUUCAGCCCAGCCCAUUUCUAACAUGGCGUCUGUAAGCAAAAAAAGGAAAGUUGACCGCGAGGGCCGCCGCUUCCAGGACAAGUGGAAAUUUGAGUAUUUUUUCACUGAAAUACUAAACAACUGUGUCUGCCUAAUUUGCCAAGAGACUGUGGCUGUUUUCAAGGAAUUCAACAUCAAGAGGCACUACCAGACGAAACAUGCUAGCUACGACAAGCUAACUGGGAACAAACGCGGUGAAAAAGUGAAGCAACUGGAAGCUGUUUUAACGGCACAGCAAAGCUUUUUCACAAGAGUCCACCACCUGCAACUGGAGCUCAUUGAGCUGCAGUGUGACGCCGAGCAUCGCAGUCGGCACCAACAGCUCCCUCUUGUCAACUUCUACCGCCAGCUGGAUGAAGGCAGGUUCCAAGCAAUUCGGACAUUUGCUAAGAAAAUGCUGAGCUUGUUUGGCUCCACAUACAUGUGCGAGAAGACAUUCUCCGUUAUGAAUAUUAACAAGAGCCGCAUGAGGACGAGACUGAGUGACUCUCACCUGCGUGACGUCUUGCGCAUCAAAACCACUGCUCUUGAGCCAGACAUGGACUACAUACUGCAGUCAAGAUCCCAGUAUCACCCUUCACAUUAGUGCAGGCAAGACCUUUGUUAAGUCCUCUGAGUUGAAUAAAUUCUUAAAUCUCAGUUAAUUAAAUUUUUUGUGAUGGUCAAAAUCACAGUUUGAAUAUGCAGUGAUCAUUGUUUUGUUUUCAGCACUUUUCCUACAGUGAGCAUAUAAUAGUGAAUAAUAUGUAAUGUUUCACAUGAACUUAGAUAUCCUUUAUAGUUUUCUUAAUUUUUUGUGGUUUGUGAUUUCGGUAAAAACCUAAAUGUAAAAAAAAAUGUAAAAGUAAAAGUAUGCCAUUUGUAAUUAAAUUGAAAAAAAUCCCAAAAAGUUAAUUUGUAUUUAAUGUUAAUGGUUCAAAGAAUGUCAGGCUAAAUAGUCGGCCCCCACACAUUUUCACCUUACCAAAUCUGGCCCUCUUUGCAAAAAGUUUGGACACCUCUGACGUAGGCAUUGUAGUCCCCCAGCAGAAUGAUGGAGUGACCACAGGGGGCGCUCUCCAGCUCUCGCUCUAAGGACUCCAAAAAGGGUGGGUACUCUCCACUGCUGUUCAGUGAAUAAGCACAAACAACAGGCAGGACCCGUCCCCCUACCUGCAGGCGGAGGGAGGCUACCCUGUCAUCCACCGGGAUAAACCCACACUUCCUCCGUGUCUCUCCCCAUGGGAAACUCCAGAGUGGAACAGAGUCUAACCCCUCUCAAGAGAAGUGGUGCCAGAGCCCAA